ACUUUUCAGCUAUCAUAUUUCGGGCAAAUUUCACAAUGCACUGGUGAAGAUUGGCUGGAUACAUCGUUGGUACUGAGCACAGCACGGCCAUCACUUGCUGGUACGAUGCCAACAUUGGGCACACUAAAUGCUGAAUUCUACAAACCACCACCACGACGAAUCUACCAUCCACAUCGCCCUUCUCAACGCUCACUUUUUGGAAGUAUACAACCAAUGAGGCAAGUGCAGUAA